CCAUGACCAUCAUCUGGUUGGUCCAACAAUCCUUUCACAAAUGGUGACCACUUUACAACCCCUAAGUUUCCACACAGCAAAACUGAGCAUCUGCUCUUCCAAGAGCAAGAAAAACAAGAAGCAAAAACAAGUUAACCAAAAUCAAAGCAACAAUUCCCUCUCUUUCCCGAAAACAAUCCCAACCCCCCUCAUUAUCUACCAUAAACCCCAUACCCAAACCAAGCUCCAAGCCCUCGACGCCGUCGUCAGUGACCUUGAAGCAGCCAUUGAUAAAGGCAUAAACGUCGAUACCGAAACUUUUGCUUCCCUGUUAGAAACAUGCUAUCAAUUUCAAGCCAUGGACUACGGUCUCCGAGUUCACCGUCUUAUCCCAAGAAGCGUUUUGCGUAGAAAUGUAGGCAUCUCGUCGAAACUUCUUCGGCUCUAUGCUACGCAUGGGUAUAUCGAGGAGGCUCACCAGGUGUUUGAUGAAAUGCCUAAGAGGGACGUGUCUGCUUUCGCCUGGAAUUCACUUAUCUCGGGGUAUGCAGAACUGGGUUUGUAUGAGGAUGCUAUGGCGCUAUACUUCCAAAUGGAGGAAGAGGGAGUUGAACCGGACCGGUUCACGUUCCCUCGUGUUUUGAAAGCUUGUGGGGGAAUAGGGUUCAUUCAAAUAGGUGAGGCUGUGCAUCGCCAUAUAGUGCGAUUGGGUUUAUUGAAUGACAGGUUUGUGCUGAAUGCAUUGGUGGACAUGUAUGCCAAAUGUGGUGACAUUGUGAAGGCUCGGAAAGUGUUUGAUAAGAUUACUAGUCGAGACCACGUCUCUUGGAACACCAUGCUCACGAGUUACAUGCGUCAUGGGCUGCUGUUGCAGGCUUUGGACAUCUUUCAUGAAAUGCUUCAUGAAGGGCACCAGGCAGACUCUGUUGCCAUAUCCACUAUCCUCGCAGCUGCAGAGUCAUCAUUGGAGCUUGUAAUUCAAAUCCAUGGAUGGGUAAUUCGGCAAGGAGUUGAGUGGAACUUGUCUAUUGCCAAUGCCUUGAUUGCAGCGUAUUCGAAUCAUCGCAAGUUGAAUCGAGCAAGGUGGUUGUUUUGUCAUAUGCCUGAGAGGGAUGUCAUAACAUGGAAUACUAUGAUUUCAGCUCAUCCUAAAAGCCCGGAAGCCUUGCUGUUUUUUGAGCAGAUGGAGAGUUCUGGUGCCUUACCAGACAGUAUCACAUUCGUGUCAAUAUUAUCGGCUUGUGCCCAUUUAGGUUUGGUGAAGGAUGGUGAGAGAUUAUAUUCUGUCAUGAAAAAUAGAUAUAGGAUUAGCCCAAUUAUGGAACAUUAUGCUUGUAUGGUGAAUCUUUACGGAAGGGCAGGUCGAAUCAGAGAAGCUUAUGGUAUCAUAGUGGAUGGAAUGGAGUUCGAGGCUGGGCCAACUGUGUGGGGUGCAUUACUGUAUGCUUGCUACCUUCAUGGCAAUGUAGAUAUUGGAGAGGUUGCAGCUGAAAGGCUUUUUGAGCUGGAGCCUGAUAAUGAAUACAAUUUUGGGCUUUUAAUGAAGAUUUAUGGCUAUGUGGGUAAAUUGGAAGAUGUGGAGAGAGUGAGAUUGAUGAUGGUGGAGAGAGGAUUGGACUAAUAGUCCCCAUCUCUGUAGUGUUUGAGGUUUAAUUCCACAAAAUUAAAAUCUCCUGGUUGGCUUGCCCCUAGUUCUAGCUGGCCUUGGGUCCUUCCUUCUUGGCUCAACAUGGAUCCUAAAUGGCCUUGGGCCCUUCUUGCAGACAAGUGCAUGUGGCUGCUCGUGGCUGCAAAACCCCACCUCACCUGUUCAUCUCUUUCGUGCCUUCGUUAUGACAGGGAAGACACAUGAAUUUAUCUGCAAAAAGGCUUCAGAGGAAAUGUGAUUAAGAUUAUUGUUCAGUAGAUAAAAUGUAAAUUUCCAACAUAAGAAAAAAUAAAAUAAUUCAUUUUUCUUAACUGAAGAGACCAUGGCAUUA